AUGAAAAGGUUCUUCUUUUCUCUCUCUGUUGUUGAGAGUCGGAAUGAGAAGAAGAAGAUCAAGAUGAGGACGAAAUCGUUUCCGGUUAGGUCCCAGCGCCAGUCUUUCGAUCCCUCUCCAUCUCUUCCGGGAAGAUUUGGGUGUGAAGAGAUGGUUCGAGAUACUUGUGGUGGAGGAGACAAGAAGCGUCAUUGUCGUCUUGGGACAGACAGAGAGCCGCUGAGAUCCGAUGCUUGUGUUGUAUGUGGAAUUUCAGACAAUUUGGUAUCCCCUUGUUGUGGAAUUAACUGUCGUGUUGUCUUCCACGGGAAGUGUUUGACUCCUGAGUUCGGUGGUAGUGAGGAUCUUUCAAAUCCAUUCUGUCCUUAUUGCUGGUUCAAAAUCGUAUCACUCAAAUCCAAAUCACUGAGAGAGCAGGCCAUCGAGGCGGAAAAGGCAGUCUGCAAGUAUCUAGAUAAAGAGAUUGCAAGUGAUCAAGGGUUACAUGGAGGCUGCUCAUCGAAAGAGGAUCAGGUGCAAGAUGACAAGGGUAAAAGGAAGUUUGAGGUGGGUACUGGUAUGAAAGAAGAUCAAGUGAUAGACGACCAAGUUAAAGCAUCUGAAGAAGAAGAGAGAAUAUCUACAGAAAAAGAACACGGCCAUGUCCAACAGAAUGAGAAACAAAGAAGAAGACGGCUUGAAAUGAAUGCUACUGAUAGUGAAAUCUCACCAGCUGAGGAACCAAAUGGAGAUCAUGUUACUGAGCACGUGACGAACCAUCACAAGAAACUCAAAGUGGCUGCUAAGUCAAAGACACUGAGGGACGUUUCCUUUUUUAACAAGGAUCAGAGAAGGAGACUACUUUGGACACCCGAGGAAGAAGAAAUGCUCAAGGUGGGAGUGGAGAAAUUUGCAGCAGAAGCAAACAGGAACAUGCCAUGGAGAAAGAUUCUUGAAAUGGGAGAGAAAGUGUUCCACCAAACACGUACUCCCACUGAUCUUAAGGAUAAAUGGAGGAACAUGCUCAAGGCAACAACACACUAG